CCCCUGGGCCUAUCUUAACCAUCUCAGUUUCUCUCUUGAUUGUAUAAAUGUAGUCCGUGACUGCCUGUGUGCUAUAAGUGCGACAAAUUUUGUUAAAUAAGUUUGAUACGCAAUCGUUAUCAAAAUAGAAUAUAUUUUCUAAUUAUUCCCCUGCACCUAUGUUAUUGAAAUAUAGUGUGAUUCCUUGGCAAAUAAAUUUUUGUCAAUCCUAAUCGAGUGUUUUAAGCGAACUUUUAUUUUUUUUGUCAUGGCUGAUACACUUGAGUGUAUUUACAGCCGGAUCAUGUCAGUGUGCGAUGAUAAACGUCAAUUGUGGUACUCAACAGUUCGUUAAGAGUUGGUGAAGUUGCUAGUGUUAAGCAACAUAAAACAUGGGUGACGAUAAUAAUGGGCAGACGAACGGGUGUCGAUGCGGAGAUAGACGCUACUAUUAGCGAGCUGGAAGUGCUAGUCGCGUCGGAGACGCAGGAGGGUGAGAAGGAAGACGGGGGGGAGGGGAAGGAGAAUAUAUACGACGGAAGGUCCGCGACGAGAAUGGAAUCGCGGCACCCACGCAAGAAUCGUCUACGUAGCAUCAUCGGGAUAUGCCUGUUCCUUGCGUUGACUGGGAUCAUUUACCUAGGCUACUUCUGCCCGGAUCACGUGUGCGCUUUGACAAACCGCGAGAUCAGGGAGUCUAUUGGACUGUCAGAAAGCCUGUCCAUCGUCCCUGGAUCACCUGUCGCUGGUUCCGCUGCGCUCUCUUCAGUUUCCAUCGAACUUGAUAGAAACGGUUUGCUCUCGGUGCAUCCCGCCUUCAAGCUACAAAGCAUCCAGGGUAGUCUAGGCUAUGAUGACAUCUUUGCCAAUGACACCUUUCAAUUUGAUAUCAAUGCUCACGAUGUUAUGGUCUUUCUUCACAUACAAAAAACAGGUGGCACACUAUUUGGCAAACAUCUGGUGCGAGAUUUAGAAUUACAAAGACCGUGCUCAUGUCAACGACGACGCAAGCGUUGCUUCUGUUUCCGUCCAAAUCAUAACGAAAAUUGGUUAUUCUCACGAUAUUCUACCGGCUGGAAGUGUGGAUUACAUGCGGAUUGGACCGAAUUGACAAAUUGUGUUGAUACGGAACUCAAUAAAAUUGAAGGAGAUGGAAUUAAGCGCCGUUACUUUUAUAUAACUAUCAUAAGGGAUCCCGUUGCAAGAUAUCUCUCUGAGUUUAGACACGUGCAGAGAGGUGCUACAUGGAGAGGUGCUCGUCAUUGGUGCGGAGGUACUCAAGCAAAUAUACCUCAGUGUUACGAUGGUCCCAAUUGGAAAGGUGUUACCCUGGAAGAGUUUAUGGAAUGCCCUUACAAUUUGGCAAGAAAUCGUCAAACGAGAAUGCUGGCAGAUCUAUCGAUAGUUGGCUGUUAUAACUCCACUCUUAGCAAAACUGAUGAAGAACGUCUAAUAUUGGCUAGUGCUAAACACAACUUACAAUUUAUGCCUUUCUUCAUGCUAACUGAAUAUCAGAAGGUAGGGCAGUACACCUUCGAAGAAACAUUUAAAAUGCGAUUUGCGGUUGCAUUUGAGCAGCAUAAUGCCACACUUAGUGCAGCCACUAUGGCAACCCUUAGUACAGAGCAAUUAGACGCCGUACGUAAACUCAACAGCCUGGACCUAGAACUCUACGAAUUUGCAAAGAAUCUUGCUUUUCAAAGAUUUAAACGGCUUAGAGAUCGUGAUCCACAUUUCGUACAACGAUUUCAACACCUUGGUGAAUUGCCAUCGAGGCAAAGUGCCACAGAAUUUAAUUGGGAUUCUGUCAUUGAAGACACUACGGAUAACGAAUGAUAUAUUACAUUACAAGACAAUAAUAUUCAGUAAUAAGAUGUGAUGUCGCCUUCAUUGAAAGGCGAAAAAGAGUUGAGUCCACACACAGCAAAGUAAAAAUACAUAAAAGUCAAGGAAUAUAACGUCAUUGGUUAGCAUGUCUAACAAACAAAAUGGAAAAGAUACAAAUUAGGAACAAUGAAAAGAUGCGAUAAACAUAAAACUGUAUUAAGUUAAUCCAAUAACAGUUCCUUUUGUGUUCCUGUGGGAAAACGGAUAUCAUGAAUGAAAAUUAAGAAGCCUGCUUAAAAAGUUGCAGAGACUGCGAUGCCUCAUGUGGAGAGAUAAAACGACAACUACAAACUAUAAAGAAACAUAAGAAUAUCAGUCAAAAUCCAUCAUAACAAUCUAUGAUUACAGGACUAAAAUUUAAUCAAUAAUUUAAGUAAAAAUUGAUCGAGAAAUGUUCCACCAAACACAAAUAAGAGAAGAAUAUUUUUCAUUGUCAAAAUCAAAUUUUUAAGAUAUAUUACUUUCGAUCUGCUGUAUACUUACUGUAAAGAAGAACUUCGUGAUACAGACAUCUAACUUGUAAUGACAAAGAGAAGUAACCGCGCAGGUAGGCGGAUGCAGGUAGCGAGACUAUACAAAAGAUCGAUAGCUUCUGGGGAGCUUUUGACUCCCCGGGAUCCUUCCGGAAUCACGCCAUGGCCAUAGCAACUCACAGCUCCCUCC